AUGCAUUCUUAAAGUUUGAAUCAAAGUAUUUUUGAAAAAAAUAGUCCACUCAGUGCCAGUGGAGUAUUAUCUAACACAGGAAUGGGAAAGAGCGGAAGAGGAGGAGCUAUUGUAUCAAAUGAAAUUAUUAUCAAAGAUAACUUAAUGUCUCUUGAUUCAAUUAUUCAUAAAAUAAUGCUUGACAAUGAAAAAAAUACAAUUGAGCAUUAUGAAAAGCUUACUUAUUUUUUUUAAGAAUAAAAUGAAGAAGAAGGAAGGCUAUCCUUUAGGGAAGAGCUUCUAAAAUUUAUUUAGACAGAAUUUAGAUUCCAAGAAAUGACAAUUAUAGAUUAGGAAAAUAAAGAUUUUGUUGAGAGUAUAAGAAUAUCUUAUAAAAAUAUGCAAGAACUUAUCAAAAAGGGAUUAAAAACAACUUAGUCUGAAAUUGAUUAUUUAAAUAUCUUUACAAAACUACUUUAGAUAAAAGAAUAACUUAUAAAAAUUUACUAGGAUUUAGGUAAUUACGCUUAUCCUAUAAGCUCUGAUACAUUAAAGCAUUUAUAAAGAUAUAUAAGAUUCACUUAAGAUCAAAAAAUUAGUUUGAAUUACUAAGGGCUUUAGUUUUAUUCUAAUUUUAUAUCACUAGAAUUAAACUGCUUGAUGAAUUUAGCCUUGACUAUUUAAGAGUCUGAAAAGUUUUAUGAAAUGUACUUUGAAGAAAAGAUUCUCUUCUUCUUGUAAAGAUUAAAAUCUUCAAUAAAUGAAUGGAUAAGCUUGUUUAAAAGCGUUGGGUGUGAAUAUUCUAAAUUUAAGCAGAUUGUAUUUUUAUAAAAUUUUCAUCUCCUUAUUAAGUGCAAGCUUGACUUUUAUAACAGGAGUAACAAUAAGUUCAAAUUUUAAUCUCCUUUUUUGCAAGUUGUUUAAACUUAUUCUGGUUUGACUUAAUUUUUGAACAGCAGUUAAAACUUUUAAGGAUUUUCGAAUUCAAUCAUCAAUUAAGGCUAGUAAUAAUAGCAGUCUUAAAUUAGUCAAAUACACAGGCAAACUACUUAUCCACAAAAUUCUUCUUAUCCUUCAACUAAUAAAAGCUGUCAAACAAAGCUAGAUACAUAUUUAUAAGAUAAGCAAAUAUUUGAGAAAUUGUUUAACAAGUUAAAUGAACUCUAUCCUUAAACUGUAAUAGUUAUUGUUUAGAAGAUUACUUCUGAUAAGUACAAAGAAAAAAUUGAAAAUAAAAAAAAAGAAGAUUAAAUGAUGCUUCGAGUUAAUUAAAAUGAUUAGCUUGACAAUAAUGGUUAACCUUCAAAAGAUUAAAUAUAUGGAGAUUAUAGAAUCUGUUACACUAAAUACAGUAUGAAAGAAAGCGAAUUUAAAGAGCAUUUUAAGUCAUUGAUGGAUUAUUUUUAAUUGUAAAUUAGCUUGAUUGAUAGUUACAUAGAGUGUUCUAAGUAUAUUUAAAACCAAUAAUAUUUAUAUUACAAAUUAGAUGAAUAGUAUUAUCUUUUAUUUGAAGUAUAUAAAAUGGAUAAAAAAUAAAUCAACAGCAUAGUCGAUUAUAUAUCCCACUUAUGUGAAUUCCUCAGAAAUAAAGAAGUAAUCAUAGCCUCCAAGGACAAAAGCAAGCCCUUUAGAUAAUUUGUCGAUUUUAUUAGAGAUAAAUUAGAAAGUAGCUCAGCCAGUUCAAAUAACACAAAUAUAGGCUCUUCUACUACAUUAAGCAGUAAAGGAGGCAAGUGA